UGUGUUUGGUUUUCCUGUUUGAGCUAGUUAGUGAAAUUAGCUGAAGUAUUUAACCGAUAUGUGUGAAAGAGAUGUUAGGAAAUGAUAUAACCUUCUACAGUUACAUGUUUUUGAACGGUUCCUAUUUUUUGUUUUAAAAGUUAAAAGGUUUAUGGCAUGUGCAUUUGUUGAUUCAUAAUCAUUGAAUUGCCAUUUCAUGUUGAUGAGUGAAAUUGCUUCCAGAAAGAACUGAUUAGUUUAUCAAGGCUGGAGUCUUUGAAACGGCCCUUCUAUCCAAAUUCCUCUGUGGGGAUUUUUUGGAACGGAACACAUAAAGGAGCCAGAGAAUUGGCAUAGAUUUUGCCAUAGGCCUUUGUGAAGGCUUUCCCAAAAGAUGAUCCUACUAAACCUUGCAGACUUACUGCCUUCCUGGGUUACAAGGCUGGAAUGACACACAUUGUUAGAGAAGUUGAAAAGCCUGGAUCAAAGCUUCAUAAGAAGGAGACAUGUGAGGCUGUUACCAUCAUUGAGACCCCUCCAUUGGUGGUUGUUGGAGUUGUAGGAUAUGUGAAGACACCCCGCGGUCUUCGCACUUUGAAUACUGUUUGGGCUCAGCAUUUAAGUGAGGAAGUCAAGAGGCGAUUUUACAAGAACUGGUGCAAAUCCAAAAAGAAAGCAUUUAACAAGUAUUCAAAAAAGUAUGAAACUGAGGAGGGAAAGAAAGAUAUUGAAUCCCAACUUGAGAAAUUGAAAAAAUAUGCAACUGUCAUUCGCAUUCUGGCUCAUACACAGAUAAGGAAGUUGAAGGGUCUUAAGCAGAAGAAGGCACAUUUGAUGGAGAUCCAAGUCAAUGGUGGGACUAUUGCACAGAAAGUGGACUAUGCUUAUGGCUUCUUUGAGAAGCAAAUCCCAGUUGAUGCUGUUUUCCAAAAAGAUGAGAUGAUAGACAUCAUUGGUGUGACCAAGGGUAAAGGUUAUGAAGGUGUUGUAACUAGAUGGGGUGUCACUCGCCUUCCACGCAAGACACACAGGGGUCUAAGGAAGGUUGCUUGUAUUGGUGCUUGGCACCCUGCUCGUGUUUCUUUCACAGUUGCUAGGGCUGGGCAGAAUGGAUAUCAUCACCGAACUGAGUUGAAUAAAAAGAUCUACAAGCUUGGCAAGUCAGGUCAAGAAUCACAUACUGCCAUCACCGAAUUUGACAGGACGGAGAAGGAGAUUACCCCCAUGGGUGGUUUUCCUCAUUAUGGUGUGGUAAAGGAUGAUUACAUUAUGGUCAGGGGAUGCUGUGUUGGACCUAAAAAGCGGGUUCUGACUCUUCGUCAAUCACUAUUGAAGCAGACCUCUCGUGUGGCUCUUGAGGACAUCAAGCUCAAGUUCAUCGACACCUCUUCCAAGUUUGGACAUGGGCGUUUCCAGACCACUCAAGAGAAGCAGAAGUUUUUCGGUCGCUUGAAGGCCUGAUUCGUUGCUGUUGUAGUAUUUUUUCUGUUUGUUAUAUUUAUAUGAUCUAUCAGAACAUCGGUAGUCCAAAAUUAAAAUACUAAAAAUGGGGCACUUUUUACAGUGAUGUCUUGACUUGGAACA